CGAGCGCGGCGGCGGACCGGGCGGGAUCGCAGCAGGAGCCCAGCCGGGACUGUCGCGCGGGCCGCGCCGGCGAUGCCGCGCCCCCGGGCCAGGCUGUAGCGGGGCCGCGGCCGCAGUGCGCGCGGGGCCGGCGGGACAUGGAGGUGGUGGACGAGACAGAGGCGCUGCAGCGCUUCUUCGAAGGCCACGACAUCAACGGUGCCCUGGAGCCCUCCAACAUAGACACCAGCAUCCUGGAGGAAUACAUCAGCAAGGAGGAUGCCUCUGACCUCUGCUUCCCUGACAUCUCUGCUCCAGCCAGCUCUGCCUCCUACUCCCACGGGCAGCCCACGAUGCCCGGAUCCAGCGGGGUCCACCACCUGAGCCCCCAUGGGGGUGGACCCUCCCCGGGGCGCCAUGGUCCCCUCCCACCCCCGAGCUAUGGCACCCCCCUGAACUGCAACAACAACAACGGCAUGGGUGCCGCCCCCAAGCCCUACCCAGGGGGCGCCGGGCCCCCCAUCAAGGCGGAGACCAAGGCUCCCUAUGCCCCAGGCACACUGCCGGACUCUCCCCCAGACUCAGGCUCCGAGGCCUACUCCCCCCAGCAGGUGAAUGAACCCCAUCUCCUGCGUACAAUAACCCCUGAGACGCUGUGCCAUGUGGGAGUGCCCUCCCGCCUGGAGCAUCCGCCCCCACCUCCAGCCCACUUGCCAGGCCCCCCACCGCCUCCACCACCCCCACCGCACUACCCUGUCCUGCAGCGGGACCUGUACAUGAAGGCUGAGCCCCCAAUCCCUCCCUACGCUGCCAUGGGGCAGGGGCUGGUGCCCACUGAGCUCCACCACGCCCAACAGUCCCAGAUGCUGCACCAGCUCCUGCAGCAGCAUGGAACUGAGCUCCCCACACACCCCUCCAAGAAGAGAAAGCACUCCGAAUCCCCCCCCAGCACCCUCAAUGCCCAGAUGCUGAAUGGAAUGAUCAAACAGGAGCCCGGGACGGUGACAGCCCUGCCUCUGCAUCCCACUCGAGCCCCAUCCCCACCCUGGCCUCCCCAGGGUCCACUCUCCCCAGGCCCUGGUUCCUUGCCUCUCAGCAUUGCCCGUGUCCAGACACCGCCUUGGCACCCACCAGGUGCCCCCUCCCCAGGCCUCCUUCAGGACAAUGAUAGCCUCAGUGGCUCCUACCUGGACCCCAACUACCAGUCCAUCAAGUGGCAGCCCCAUCAGCAGAACAAGUGGGCAACACUGUACGACGCCAACUACAAGGAGCUGCCCAUGCUCACCUACCGCGUGGACGCCGACAAGGGCUUCAACUUCUCGGUGGGGGACGACGCCUUCGUGUGCCAGAAGAAGAACCACUUCCAGGUGACAGUGUACAUUGGCAUGCUGGGCGAGCCCAAGUACGUCAAGACGCCUGAGGGCCUCAAGCCCCUCGACUGCUUCUACCUGAAGCUACAUGGAGUGAAGCUGGAGGCCCUGAACCAGUCCAUUAACAUCGAGCAGUCCCAGUCAGACCGGAGCAAGCGGCCCUUCAACCCGGUCACGGUCAGUCUGCCCCCGGAGCAGGUUACAAAGGUGACGGUGGGACGGCUGCACUUCAGUGAGACCACUGCCAACAACAUGCGGAAGAAGGGCAAGCCCAACCCUGACCAGAGGUACUUCAUGCUGGUGGUGGCCCUCCAGGCCCACGCACAGAACCAGAACUACACACUGGCCGCCCAGAUCUCAGAGCGAAUCAUCGUGCGGGCCUCCAACCCAGGCCAGUUCGAGAGCGACAGCGACGUGCUGUGGCAACGGGCACAGGUGCCCGACACCGUCUUCCACCACGGCCGCGUGGGCAUCAAUACAGACCGGCCGGACGAGGCGCUGGUUGUGCACGGGAAUGUCAAGGUCAUGGGCUCGCUCAUGCACCCCUCGGACCUGCGCGCCAAGGAGCACGUGCAGGAGGUGGACACCACUGAGCAAUUGAAGAGGAUCUCGCGCAUGCGGCUGGUGCACUACAGAUACAAGCCCGAGUUCGCCGCCAGCGCGGGCAUCGAGGCCGCCGCGCCAGAGACAGGUGUCAUCGCUCAGGAGGUGAAGGAGAUCUUGCCUGAGGCUGUGAAAGACACUGGAGACAUGGUCUUUGCCAAUGGGAAAACCAUAGAGAACUUCCUGGUGGUGAACAAGGAGCGCAUCUUCAUGGAGAACGUGGGGGCCGUGAAGGAACUGUGCAAGCUGACUGACAACCUGGAGACACGCAUCGAUGAGCUGGAGCGCUGGAGCCACAAGCUGGCCAAGCUGCGGCGGCUCGACAGCCUCAAGUCCACUGGCAGCUCGGGCGCCUUCAGCCAUGCAGGGAGCCAGUUCAGCCGGGCGGGCAGCGUCCCUCACAAGAAGAGGCCCCCCAAGGUGGCCAGCAAGUCACCGUCUGUGGUUCCAGACCAGGCCUGCAUCAGCCAGCGCUUCCUGCAGGGAACCAUCAUUGCCCUGGUGGUGGUCAUGGCCUUCAGGGCGACCCAUUUGCAGGCAUCACCUGGGGGCCCAGCCCCAGGAGCCAAGGACCACAGCCCUGUCCUGGAGAGAGGGCGCUGGGUGGUGGCUCCAGCUCUAAUGGUCACCCUUUUCUGUGGCUCCAGCGUGGUGUCCAUGUCCACACUGUACGUGCUGAGCCUGCGCACGGAGGAGGACCUGGUAGACACUGAUGGCUCUUUUGCCGUGUCUACUUCCUGUCUCCUGGCCCUGCUCCGGCCCCAGCCCCCUGGGGGGAGUGAGGCCAUGUGCCCAUGCAGGUCCAGCCAGAGCUUUGGGACUACGCAGCUCCGACAGUCCUCUGUGACCACUGGGCUGCCAGGCAUACAGCCUUCUUUGCUGCUGGUGACCACAAGUCUGACCAGCUCAGCACCAGGUUCUGCCAUCCGCACCCUGGACCUGUGUUCCAACCACCCUUGCCCUGUCGUCUGCUGCUCCUCACCCACCACCAGCCCCACCACUGGUCCUAGUCUUGGCCCCAGCUUUAACCCUGGCCAUGUUCCCAGCCCCAGCCCCAGCCCCAACACCAACCGCUCAGGCCCUAGCCAGAUGGCCCUGCUGCCAGUCACCAACAUCAGAGCCAAGUCCUGGGGUCUUUCAGUCAAUGGCAUUGGCCACUCCAAGCAUCACAAGAGUCUGGAGCCUCUGGCCAGCCCUGCAGUCCCCUUCCCUGUGGGGCAGGGCAAAGCCAAGAACAGCCCCAGCCUUGGUUUCCAUGGCCGGGCCCGCCGAGGGGCCCCCCAGUCCAGUGUGGGCCCUGCUCAGCCCACCUGGGCCCAGGGCCAGUCAGCUUCUCUCCUUGCAGAGCCAGUGCCCUCCCUGACCUCGAUCCAAGUGCUGGAGAAUUCAAUGCCCAUCACCUCCCAGUACUGUGCUCCAGGGGAUGCCUGCAGGCCUGGAAACUUCACGUACCACAUCCCUGUCAGCAGCAACACCCCACUGCACCUCAGCCUGACUCUGCAGAUGAACUCCUCCUCCCCAGUGUCCGUGGUACUGUGCAGCCUGAGGUCCAAGGAGGAGCCAUGUGAGGAGGGGGGCCCUUCACAGAGUCCCCACACCCAUCAGGACACCCAGGGCACCUCUCACCAGUGGUCAAUAACCAUCCUGUCCUUCCGUGAAUUCACCUACCACUUCCGGGUGGCACUGCUGGGUCAGGCCAACUGCAGUUCAGAGGCUCUCGUCCAGCCAGCCACAGACUACUACUUCCACUUCUACCGCCUGUGUGACUGAGCUGCCUCCUGAGGCAGCACCAGGGACCAGGGGUAUCUGGACACCCCCAACAUUGGAUGCAAUGGUGUACACUGGAGCCUGCAGCAGGCCAGCUCUGCUGUUCACUGGCCCUCCCUGAGACUGGUGAAACUGGAAGUCUUCACACUGGAGUUGCUGUUCCAGCUGGUUGCCCCUCACAGCACAGAGGGAACCUGAGAGCCAGAGACUUCCUGGGCCUUCCUGCCUGCCACCCCCUUGGGGCCAGGACAGGACCAGUUCACCUCUGUCCAGAUAUGGUGGCUGGAGGGCUGGUUCAGGUGCCCAGGAGGCAAGGGGAACCCUGGGACCCUCAUUUGUUCAGAGCCCACUAUCCCCUGCCUCCCCUUUUGAGACCAGAGCCAACCCUCUUGGAGAGAGGACCUGCCCACCUUUGAGAUCAACAGGGGGCUUGGAUCCGCCCUCAAAGACUUGGGUGGACCCCCAUGAGUCAACGGAGGGCAGAUGGCUCUCCCCCUUAAAGCUACUCUGGGGGAUGGCUAGGUAGUGGACUUUCUGGGGUUUGCCUGUUACACUGGACUUGGACUUCUAAGCUUUAAAUGUGGCCCAGGAAGUUUCUUCUCCCUGGGAGAGCUUGGCUCCCAAGAAGUCCCAGGGCAGCCGAGGCCAGCCCUAGAUGGGUUGGAGAAACUGACUUUGUGCCUUAAGUCUACUCAGUGCCUGGUGAAGCCAUCCUCAGCCCUUUAUGGGCCUGAACCAGUGGGGGCCAGUGGGCCAGGAAAGCCAUGGAGCCUUGAACCAAGAAUAUUUGGAAGGGGACGUUCCCUUUGAGCCACCAGAUGGUGUUGCUGCCCACUGCCUCUGUUCCUGGAGUGUACAGAGGUCACAUCCUUCUCUCUGAGCAGAGGAGCAGGAAUCCCUCAAGCAGCAGCCUGGUCUUGGCUGGAGGGCAGAUGCAAAUAGCUUUUGCUGUUAUUAAUGAAGUAACUACUAAAUGCACUUAAACCAGGGCAGGAAGGAAUGGAAGGAUGGAGCUAGAAAGCUCAGAGUGGGCUAGAGCUGGGGUGUGACACUUAAAGACAGGGCCCUGGCUCUGAUCCCUCCCAGGGAGCCUGACACCCAUGCCACUCCUGACCACCAAGGCCCUGGAUUAGGGAAGAAGUUGUAUCUUAAGUGCCAACUUUAAGUUUCUUAGUGGUACCUGGUGCAUUCUGAUGUCACAUCCAGGCUCAUGGAAGGAGUGUGGUAAUCAUUUAGCCAUGUCUGCCAUGGGUCCAGAAACAGGAAAGGGAAUUGCUGUCCUUGCCCUGUGGUACGCUGCCACCUCUUUGGGAAUCAGGCCUUGCCCCUGUCCCACUGCUCAUUCUCAGCUUUGAAUGGGAGGCCUUUCUAUAGUGGAGCUGAAUCCUUGAAGCCUGUGACCUGCAGGCCCCCUUCUGCCAUUGAUCUGAAAGCACUUGUCCUCAGGAUAGGGAACAGCAGGGGGAUGCAGGAAUAGCAGGGAUAGCUUCCUCCCAGCCCCUCCCCAAUUAGGCUCCACUGACAUAGGAAUUUCACCAUUCCCAUACCAUGCAGGAGCUGAGCCUUACUUAGGAUGAUUCUGUUCUCCCUCCUACUGAGGGAAUCCUCCCUAUGCCUUAAAACUGCUGAGCCCCACUCCAUGUGAUAGGAUUCUGGGGCUUCCUCAAUGGGGGUUCAUGUUCUUAUCGGCCCCUCAGUCCUUAACUGGAAAGUGACCAUUCACUGCCCCCUGGAGCCCAUCUGGACACAGCACAGCCCCAAACCCAUUAGCAGCUGGCUGUUUCCAUGCCUGGGGAGGGGUUCCUCAGUGCAGGCAUUGGGGCCAGGCUGGGGCUCCAAGCUGCUUGAGGGGGUCAACCUUGGACCAAAGUUGCCUUAAGCCUGUGGUAGAAGGGCUUCAGGAAAGGUAAGUGGGUCAUCUGCUGGAGGCUGCCAGCUGCCCGGCUGGCGAUGGUGUGAGUGUCUUGGCCCCAUCCCUGUCCUGGGGUCCAGCAGGUCAUCCCUCCCUUCUCUCUCCUUUGGCCUUUGUUCCUGUAGCCACUGGGCUAAUCUCCCCCUAGCUUCAAGCUGUACAUAGGGCCUCCCGGUGCAAAUCAUGCUGCCCAUAUUGUGCCUCCAUAGAAGCCUGCAUGUGCAUAGAGCGCCCCCUACCUCCCAGUUAACUCCCAGUUCCUCUCCUUAAGCUUGGACUCCUAUUUAUCAUGUACCAACUCUCUGAGGUGGGCAGUGAGGGCAGCAGCUCCAGGCCUGCUUGUUUCCUGUCCCCAAACUGUUCUUUUCUUCUGAAGUAAAUAUACAUAUAUAAAUAAAUGUAUAAAUACUGCUUUGUAUCUGA